AUGUCAUUUAAAGUAUCUUUGCUCUGUCUGCUGAUCCUGGCAGGAUAUCUCACUUCAAUUGAAGCCGAAGUUUUCCCGCAGUGCGCGAAUGCUCCAUUGGAUACCUUUGUCAUGGCCAUCGAAGAUUGCGCUUCGUACAUCUAUUGCAAUGGAGAGGACUCCUUCCGAGACAGCUGCCCCGAGUCCACCUACUUUGACGAUCGAACCCAAGAGUGUGCCUUUGAUGAUGAGGGUGUGUGUCUAAGGAACGCAGACUCAGUCCAGCCCGACAAGCAAAUUACUGGUGAGGAGCAGAACGGGAUCGAAGAAUCCACUCCCGUUGCAACACCGCCUUCUGAAUACGCCUCUACAGGAUCUGCGGACUCUUCUACUUUCCAAGCUGAUCCUACAACAACCCCUACAGAAUCAAUUCCUUCAGUGACUAAGCCACCUACCUUAUCUGCAAAGCCUUCCUCUCCAUCUCCAUCAAAUCCUUCCUCUCCAGCUCAGGAAAGGCCGCACUGCGACGCCUCCGGAGAUGGUGACCAUCCUCAUCCUCAGAGGUGCGAGUACUACUACAGGUGCCUCAGCGGCUAUCUGACCAUUGUGAGGUGUCCUUACAAAUAUGGCUGGGACCUUCCCACAAAGCAAUGCAAGCCGAGCAGCGAGGCUCAGUGCUUUACUCAAAACUAA